GUCUGAAUUGCGCAUGCGUACUAUUCAUUCGUCCGACAGCAGCAGCCAGUAAACAUGGCUGGUGUUGGUUUCCGACAGUGGGCCAAGGCUAUUGCAAAGGGCAGAGGUUCUGGCCUCUCAGCCCUUGUAUCUGGAAGUAGGGCAGCCUCCAGUGUGACAAAGGACAGCCUGCCUGGUCCCUUCCCGAAGACCCCAGAGGAGAGAGCUGCUGCUGCAAAGAAGUACAAUUUGAGGAUUGAGGAUUAUGAACCUUAUCCAGAUAAUGGAGAAGGCUAUGGUGAUUACCCCAAACUACCAGACAGGUCCCAACAUGAGAGAGACCCCUGGUACCAGUGGGACCAUCCUGACCUGAGAAGAAACUGGGGAGAGCCCAUGCACUGGGAUUUCGAUAUGUACAUCAGAAACAGGGUGGACACAUCUCCAACCCCGGUGCCAUGGUCGAGUAUGUGGAAACAACUGUGUGGUUUCAUCGGGUUCAUGUUGUUUAUGUUCUACGUUGGAGAGAAAUUCCCAUCCUAUCAACCUGUUGCUCCAAAGCAAUAUCCCUACAACAACCUGUACUUGGAGAGAGGAGGAGAUCCUGAAAAACAACCAGAGGAAGUUAAUAAUUAUGAAAUCUAAUCCGAAAAUACAAUGUAGCUGUUGUACAUAUAUUUCUGAAAA